AUGGAGAGAACAGGUGGAGGUGUGGAGAACUCUGGAGCUGACAUCGGCCUGGUCGUCUGGUCUCUACUGACCUUCUGUCUUCUGUCUGGUCCUGCCACAGGUGACCAACAUGCCCACUGCUCUGAGUUCCUCUGUCUCAGCCCUCCGACUCUUCUGGUGAGGCUCCUCAGAUUCUCCUCUGAGCAGGGUCCCUGUGGUUCCCCCUUAGACCUCCCUCCUUCAGGCCUGCCAUCUGGCCAGGGCCUCCCUCCACUUCCACCAGGCCUCCCAGGACUGGCCCCUGGUCCUGUGGCCUGGAGCCCUCUCAGCCCCACAGUAGUGAUUGUCCCAGGCAGGAGGCCAGCCAGGCUGCAGCCCAGCUGGGCGAGGAUGAUGGCGGGGGAGCUGUUAGAGGCGGGGCUGGUUAAUGUCCUGGUAGCUGAUUGGCUGCUGCCCCCAGAGCAGGAGAUCACCGAAGGAGCCAGGCAAGUGGGAGAGAGGCUGGCACAGACCAUACAGACACUACUGGAGGUUCAGGGCUCUUCUCCAGAGCUGUUCCACCUGGUAGGGUUUGGUGUUGGGGCCCAUGUAGCUGGUGUGACUGGGGCCUGUUUGGAGGGAACUAUUGGCAGGAUCACAGGCCUGGAUCCGUUCUCACCCCUGUUUUCCGAGGCAGACAGCAGCCUGUCUCUGGAUCACACUGAUGCUCAGUACGUGGAUGUGAUUCACACCAACUUCAACCCCAAUGAGCCGGUAGCUCCCCUGGGGGUUCCCAGACCGUUGGGUCACGUUGAUUUCUACAUCGGCAGAGGAUAUCAACUCCCUGGUUGUCCUCAGUCUCUCAUGAAAAGGGAGCAGUACUUGCUGUGCAGUCACCAACGGGCCUAUAGGUUGUUCACCAGCUCCAUCCGGUCCUCCACCAGCUCCAGCCGGUCCUCCACCAGCUCCAUCCGGUCCUCCACCAGCUCCAUCCGGUCCUCCACCAGCUCCAUCCGGUCCUCCUGCCCUCUCACAGCCUUCCCCUGCCAGGGAGUAGAGGACUUCCAGAGAGCUCUCUGUACACACUGUCACCACCCUGGCCUCAACAUCUGCCCCCAGUUGGGCUACGACAUUAGCUGGCUGCCUCCAGAUCGACCAAUCACCUUCCAGCCCCUGACCGCGGUCCUGGACAUCACAGCAACAGACCCGUUCUGUGUGACGCCGUUCCUGUUGGAGGUGCACCUGGAGGGAAACACCUCGUUAGAAGCCCAGCUAUUCAUUCAGCUGAAGGGAGACGUCAGGAAAACACCUGUCAUCUUGGUGUCCGGUCCUUCCCUGCUGCAGUUUGAGCCUCAUCAGAUACACCAGUUCAUGGUUUCCGUAGACCCCGCUGUUCGGGAGAUCAGAACCGUGGUACUUCACUUCUACUCUCAACGCCUCUUAUCUUACAGACCCGGGGUGUUACAGCAGUAG